GUGUGCGCGUGCGCGUGUACCAGAGGGAGAGAGCGAGAGAGAGCUACCAUGACAUCGCUACUUGAUGCACAAGUGUUGUGACUCGCUGGGACGAUCCUUGUAACGGAACCAACUCCCAUCAGCCCUCCCUUUAGGCCGUAUUGUGCGGAUAAGAGCAAAGCCAGUCAACAUGGGGAAAGUGGAAGGAGGGAUGAAAUGUGUGAAAUAUCUUCUGUUCGUGUUCAACUUCAUCUUUUGGCUGAUGGGCUCCUUUGUUCUGGCAGUGGGGCUGUGGUUACGUUUUGACCCGGAAACUGUGUCCCUGCUCAACGGCGAUAAGGCUCCAGACACAUACUUCAUUGGUGUAUAUAUCCUGAUAGGAGCUGGCAGUCUGGUGAUGUUAGUGGGUUUCUUUGGCUGCUGUGGAGCUGUUCGGGAAUCUCAAUGUCUACUGGGUUCAUUCUUUGCCUGUUUAUUGAUCAUCUUUGGCGCUGAGGUGGCAGCAGGCGUGUUUGGAUUCUUAAACAAAGACAAGAUAAUCAAAGACGUUCAAAAUUUCUAUGCCACAACCUUCAAUGAAAAUAACAACAGCACAUUGAUGAUCUCGUACCAGAAAGUACUGAAUUGUUGUGGCACGCUAGCUGACAACUGCCCAGCUCAAGAACCGCAAACAAAGAUUAUGCAGGACUGCGAGACAGCUAUCAAGGAUUUCUUCAACAGUAAACUCUACAUCAUUGGGUACGUUGGCAUCGGCAUCGCUGGCGUCAUGAUCAUCGGGAUGAUCUUCAGCAUGGUACUCUGCUGCGCAGUACGUAACAGUCGGGAGGUCAUAUGAACGAGCCCGGCAGUCCUUAUUCAAACCUCAUUACGCAUCCGUCAUCUGCCGAGCGAUCCGGGGAUCAGUACAAGUUCCCAGCUGCUCUCAAUGGAUCUCCCUUUUAUUUUUGUAGUCUUUUAUUUCACAACGUCAUAACAUGGGAUGCCCCUUCUUAGCUUUCAGAUGGUCAACCGCAAACAAAUUUAAACCGACAUACUUUCACAGACAUUGACGUAAAAUACCUGUUUGAGUCACGGUAAUGCAAAACUGAAGACAAUUUGCUAUGAGGGAUACAUGGUAGGUUAUUUCAUAUCCAGCUCAAUGUUUGAUGUUAAUUUUAGGUAUUUUUGUUUAGGUUACGGUAUGAUUUUGUUUUAUCAUUAAUUCCUUUUUAUUUUCUAUUUCUAUUUUUUAUUUUAACAUCGUAUUUUAUUUUUGUUAUUUUGAAAUAGAGACCAAGCAUUGCCUGCAGUGCAAUUUUAGAAUUUGUGGGAACUAAAAAAAAAAAAAAUCAACACUUUCACACUGAAGUCAUUUAGUUGGAUAUAACCCAGUGCCAUAAAUAUCUUUUUAUUGCCACCCCUUUAUUUUAUCAUCUGUAAAUCUGGACCUUCAUGCAAGUCCAAAAAACCUGUGACCAGGCUAAACAAAAACACAUAAACACACCUGUUUCUUUUUUCUUAGCAUCACGGUUGAGAAAUCCACUCUUUGAAGACUAUCAGCAGAUUUGCCGAUUCAUUUGCUCUCCCUUUGUGCUUUUCAAACUUUGUCAUUGUUGGUUCUUCUUCUUCUGCCACUUUGCGCUCCAUUAUGUAAAUAUCCACCAGGAGAGGGGGACGGGGGUUGUAGCUGUACAUUUUUUUGGCUAAUUCAAUCGCACUGUGUGUAGAUAACGUUUUGUAAUAGUUGUUGUACAGUCAGCAUUUCCGUCAAGAACUAAUCCACAUGGCCGAAAACCAGCCUUUCAAUGUGCCUUUUCUCAGUGACAAGCUGUUUUAGCGACAAUGUGCUGUCCGGAUGUAGCGGCUAGAUGUACAGCACGCACGAUUGUGACGUUGGACUGCAUUUAAUUAGGACAUGUUUUCAACAAGUAGCACAUAGUCAUUCAACUUUUUUUUUUAUUAUUGUUGUUUUAGUUGUGUCAUUCAACUGUGUUUCCUAGCCCUAAAUGUCUUUUUUUGAUUAUAGAAGUAAUUGAGCAAUGUUGGACAUACCUGAACAUUAAUUUUUAGUUAAUAGCAACACAACCAUGAGCUGUGAUGAUUGAAGGUUAAACAAAAAAAAAAAUUGCACACGUCAAGCUGUCUUGUAGUUUGUGUUUAUUUAUUUUGGUACCAUUUUGGGCUUCUCAGGUCAACACAGUAGUUUGAAGUUAAAUAAAGCGUUUUGAACCUG